AUGAUUACAAGAGUGCGCCACCAGCCCUGGCUUGAGUUCCCCAUUUGAAGACAGAACCUUUUCCGAAUUGGUGCAAUAUUACUUUUAAAUAUGUACUCGGAAGCACUCAGCACAAAACCCCAAGGUUUACGGGACUCCCAGGUCCGAUCGAUAUCUGGGUCUCCAGGUGGGCACAUCUGGAAGCGCGCGAACCUUCAAGAUCUCCAGCUCAGCUCCGCAUCUGCAAGCCUCCAGCCCAGGUGUGCGCCAGAGGUCGCAGCCCAGCCGUACACAGCCCCGCGCGGCCGCGAGGUGGCGCCAUGGCCGCAGCAGCGUCUGCCGGUUCGGGCCGCUCCAGAUAAGAGUGUGCGAAAAGCGCGGAGGGGCUGAGACGCGAUCAGGACGCGGGGAGGACGGACCGGCAAGACAGACCGACCGGGGGCCCGGCGGGCGGAGGGCAGCGCACUGCAGCCACGUCCCCCCCUGGAUCCGCCGGCAGCCGGGCCCGGGGCUUCCGACAUGCCCCCCAGGAGAGUGUGCUGGGCAGACGAUGCUGGACGCGAUGGAGGCGCCUGGCCAUUCGAGGCAGCUACUGCUGCAGCUCAACAACCAGCGCACCAAGGGCUUCUUGUGCGACGUGAUCAUCGUGGUGCAGAACGCCCUCUUCCGCGCUCACAAGAACGUGCUGGCAGCCAGCAGCGCCUACCUCAAGUCCCUGGUGGUGCAUGACAACCUGCUAAACCUGGACCAUGACAUGGUGAGCCCGGCCGUGUUCCGCCUGGUGCUGGACUUCAUCUACACCGGCCGCCUUACUGACAGUGUUGAGGCCGCAGCAGCGGCGGCGGUGGCCCCGGGCGCCGAGCCGAGCCUGGGCGCUGUGCUGGCUGCUGCCAGUUACCUGCAGAUCCCUGACCUCGUGGCUCUGUGCAAGAAGCGCCUCAAACGGCAUGGCAAGUACUGCCACCUGCGGCCGCCGCCGCCGCCUGCCGCCGAGCCGCCGUCGGGCCCCGAGGCAGCGGUCAACACCCACUGCGCCGAGCUCUAUGCUUCGGGCCCGGGCCCAGCAGCCUCACUCUGCGCCCCGGAGCGUCGCUGCUCCCCGCUUUGCGGCCUGGAUCUGUCCAAGAAGAGCCCGCCAGGUUCCUCGGUCCCCGAGCGACCGCUUAGUGAGCGCGAACUGCCUCCACGUCCGGACAGCCCUCCGGGUGCGGGGCCUGCAGUCUACAAGGAGCCACCGCUCACCCUGCCGCCGCUGCCGCCUUUGCCCUUCCAAAAGCUGGAGGAGGCCGUACCGACUCCAGACCCGUUUCGAGGAAGCGGUGGCAGUCCGGGACCCGAGCCCCCCGGCCGCCCCGACGGCUCCAGCCUCCUCUACCGCUGGAUGAAGCACGAGCCAGGCCUGGGUAGUUAUGGCGACGAACUGGUCCGGGAUCGAGGCUCCCCGGGCGAGCGCCUCGAGGAGCGCGGUGGGGAUCCUGCCGCCUCACCCGGGGGUCCCCCGCUCGGCCUGGUACCCCCGCCACGCUAUCCCGGGAGCCUGGACGGGCCAGGCACAGGAGCCGACGGCGACGACUACAAGAGCAGCAGCGAGGAGACUGGUAGCAGCGAGGACCCCAGCCCACCCGGAGGCCACCUGGAGGGCUACCCAUGCCCGCACUUGGCUUAUGGUGAGCCUGAGAGCUUUGGUGACAACCUGUACGUGUGCAUUCCAUGUGGCAAAGGCUUCCCCAGCUCGGAACAGCUGAAUGCACACGUGGAGGCUCACGUGGAAGAAGAGGAGGCGUUGUAUGGCAGGGCAGAAGCUGCUGAGGUGGCUGCUGGGGCCGCCGGCCUCGGGCCCCCCUUUGGUGGCGGUGGGGACAAGGUCGCUGGGCCGCCGGGUGGCCUAGGAGAGCUGCUGCGGCCGUACCGCUGCGCGUCCUGUGACAAGAGCUACAAGGACCCGGCCACGCUGAGGCAGCACGAGAAGACACACUGGCUGACGAGGCCCUAUCCGUGUACCAUCUGCGGGAAGAAGUUCACGCAACGCGGAACCAUGACACGCCAUAUGCGCAGCCACUUGGGCCUAAAGCCCUUUGCGUGCGACGCGUGCGGCAUGCGCUUCACCCGCCAGUACCGCCUCACGGAGCACAUGCGCAUCCACUCGGGAGAGAAGCCCUACGAGUGCCAGGUGUGCGGUGGCAAGUUUGCUCAACAGCGCAACCUCAUCAGUCAUAUGAAGAUGCACGCUGUAGGUGGCGCGGCCGGCGCGGCCGGGGCGCUGGCUGGCCUGGGAGGACUACCUGGCGUCCCUGGCCCGGACGGCAAGGGCAAGCUGGACUUCCCUGAGGGCGUCUUUGCUGUGGCCCGCCUCACAGCUGAACAGCUAAGCCUGAAGCAGCAGGACAAGGCAGCAGCUGCCGAGCUGCUGGCACAGACCACGCACUUCCUGCACGACCCCAAGGUGGCGCUCGAGAGCCUCUACCCGCUGGCCAAAUUCACUGCAGAGCUAGGACUCAGCCCGGAUAAGGCGGCAGAGGUGCUGAGCCAGGGCGCGCACCUGGCCGCAGGACCGGACAGCCGGACCAUUGACCGUUUCUCUCCCGCCUAGAGCGCUCCUCCUAGGUGCGCCCGGCGCUGCCUGACAGCCCGGGAACAACUGGUAGCAGCGGUAGCGCCGCAGUGGUGGCCCCACCUUUCUACGCCUCACCUGGCCUCACUGUUUUGUGCCUUAGCCCGGGAAGUCAGUGGGGGAGGGGGGGAAACCCCGGGACGGGGGUGGGAUAGGGGAAGGGAGAUUUAUAUUUUUGAUAUCAGCUUUGACCAAAGGAGAACCCUGCCUCUCCCUGUGGUUCGUUGCCCCCCCCCCCCCCCCCCCCCGGCUCCGCGCUGCUCGUGGGGGGAAGGGUUUCAUUCGGAUGCUCCCAGCCCUACCUCCGGCCCUUGCGACCACACCCAUUCUCACUGUGAAUCUCCCAGCUGGGGUCGGAGCGUUGGGCGCAGUUGGGGAGAGGGGAGGGGACUGAGCCGGCCGGAGGGCCUCCCCGUCCCCCGCUCCUGCCCAGCCCGGGACUGAUAAUGUGAAGUUCCUCAUUUUGCACAAGUGGCACUAGCCCCAGGGCCAACCCUUCCUUUCCUCACCACCAGGGUGGGCAGCUCUGGCGCCAGGGAUGACAGCCCUGGCCCAUCUGUCUCUGCUUCCGAGGUGUCCCCCUCCUCUUCCUGCCCCCCCUCCCACCCCCAGGACCAUAUUUAUUGCAUGCGCCCUAGGUGGCCCUUAUCCUGAGCCCAACUUUAGCUGGGCUGGAGAGAGGUCUCCUUCCUUCGUUCCCGUUCUGUCCCUUUGUAUAUUCUCUACUCUGUACACAGGCUCUUCCAGAGCCGCUUCCAUUUUCUAUACUCAACCAAACAGCAAUAAAGCAGUAACCAAGGUCCC